GAUAGCUCUUUUACCCUGACUGUGGGCGGCGCACACUGACAAGCGCAACUCUCUUUCCCACUCUCUCCCAUUCAAUUUUGUUACGCCGUAGGUCGCACUCGCUGAGGCGACAGUCGUAGCGCAGUCGGGACCGUUUCAGCGCCAAAGGGUUGCGGGAUGAAAUAAACGUAAAUGAAUUCGAGCGGUGGGACUGUUAUUCCCUUAACCUACCUAAAAUUAAUCCAGCAAUAUUACGUAAAUAACUUAUACAUCACGUAAAGACAACAUGGAGAUGAGUUGGAACGUUCUUUGGUUCGGACAGCUACUGCUCCUCUGUCAAAUAGCUGACCUGGUCCAAGGAUAUGGCUUCAGAUCUCAGAAGAAGUUCACGCAGAACAUAGAGUGGUCCUAUGCGGGAACCUUAAACCAGAACAAUUGGUCGAAGAAGUACCCGGCGUGCAACAAUGCCAAACAGUCCCCCAUCAACAUCGAGGAGAGCCUGGCUCAGGUGAAGAUGCAGAUCCAGAAGCUGAGCCUGAAGGGCUGGGACCAGAUGACCUCCAGUGGCACCACUGUCAAGAACGACGGGAAAACCGUGGCUAUAGACGUGGAUGGAGAGUUCCUGCUCAGUGGGGGCGGUCUCCGCUCUCCGUUUAAAGUGGGCAGGAUCACGUUCCACUGGGGCCGCUGCAACGCCACCUCCGAGGGAUCCGAGCACAGUCUAAACGGGGUCAAGUUUCCUCUGGAGAUGCAGAUCUACUGCCAUGAGAGUAGCUACGACUCCAUAGACCAGGCCUUGAGGGAGGGGGGCAGAAUAACUGCCCUGGCUGUGCUGUUCGAGACGAGUGAAGAUGACAAUGAAAACUAUGCAUCGAUAAUAGAGGGGAUCAACAGUGUAAGCCGCUACGGUAAGCGUAGUGAGCUGGAGCCCUUCUCCCUGCGCGGCCUCCUCCCCAACUCCACUGACAAGUACUACAUCUACAACGGCUCCCUCACCACGCCCCCCUGCUCAGAGACCGUCGAGUGGAUCGUCUUCAAAAACACUGUGGCCAUAUCCGAAGCACAGCUGGAGGUGUUCUGCGAGGUGAUGACGAUGCAGCAGGCGGGCUACGUGAUGCUGAUGGACUACCUGCAGAACAACUACAGGCAGCAGCAGGAGCAGUUCAUGGGCCAGGUCUUCACCUCCUACACCGGCACCGAGGAGGUGCCCACGCCCAUCUGCAGCUCCGAGCCAGAGGGCGUGCAGGCGCUGCCCUAUAACCUGAGCAGCCUGCUGGUGAUCUGGGAGCGGCCGCGCGCCGUCUACGAGGCCAACAUCGAGAGGUACUCCGUCACCUACCGCCUGGCCAAGAUGGAGGACGCGCCCGCCAUGAAGUACCAGACGGACGGCGACCAGGAUGUGGGGGCGAUCAUCCAGGAUCUGACAGCCAACACCACCUAUGUGAUUCAGGUGGUGGCUGUGUGCACUAACGGCCUGUACGGCCGCACCAGCGACCAGCUGAUCGUGGACAUGCCUCUGAACGACCCUGAUUCAAACCCUCUUCCUGAUGAGUUUGAUGAGUUUGACGAGGAUGACUACCAGCCGAACCCUUUUGGAGUCAAGCCUGUUGCCAAUCCCGACAGAGUCACAGAGACCUCACUUCCACUGACCACAGCCAAGCCUACCAAAUCCACCAACCCGCCAACAACCACCACCACCCCUAGUCUCGCAGAGGAGAAGCGUGGGCCUCUUGGGGAACCUGUUGGGCCUGUGGUACCACCACCCACUACUCAGCCCACUACUACUACUACUACUACCACUACUACAACACUACCACCCACUGCACAGCCAGCAGAGGGCAACAGUGAGGCAGGAAACCCAAACAAGGUGCCCAUUGGUGAGGAGGAGGAGGUGGAAGAGUCCAGCCGGUCUGGAACAGCAGGGCUCAUUCCUCCGGCCACAUCCGAUCCCAGUGUGUCUAGUGAUGAAACCACUGGUGUUGCCACUGGUGUUGGUGUUGGAGGAGAGGAGAUUAUGGUUGCUGUCACUGUUCCUAAGGUAUUGGGUGGGAAGGCGUUAGUGCCUGUUACCACUACUGCAACUACUAUUACUACUAGUACUACUACUACUACUACUACUACUACUACCGCUGGGCAGAAUGCUACAGUCAGACGACUGGAGAUGCCAGUGAUGGUGACUCCCAUGCCCCGUCCUCCAUCCUACUCUAAUGCCUCUGGUGAGCCCUCUGGCCCUGGUGUGGUCCAGCCUACUUCUAACACCACCACCACACCCACCAGAUCCAGCACCAUCUCCACCAGCACUACUGUCUCCACGAGCACCACCGUCUCCAGUACCACCACCACCUCUGCUGCCUUCGCCCGCAUUCCCCUGAGGACCACCCGGCCCACGUUUAACGCCACAUCCCCCAGACACCACCAUCACCACCACCACCACCACCACCACCAUGUGCACAGCCAGACCCUCCCACCCCUGAAGGGGGACGCACCCUCUACCACCACCUCAACCUCCAAUUCCACCUCCACUACCUCUUCAACACCUUCACCCUUCACCCCCCCUGCACCCACCCUGCACCCAGCCCCAGCCCCAGCCCCGGUCCCGACCCCAUCUCCCUCCGCGUCGACCCCCUCCCGCAGCCUCGCAAGCCCCACAGUGCCCCUGCUGGGCUCCGACGGAGGUGCACUGGAGAGCAGCAGCAGCAGCGGUGCGUCAGGCUGGGCCCCGCUGGACGCAGAGUUGGAGUCGGAGCAGGGUCAGGCCUCGGCUUCAGAGGCCAGUAACAGUAGCCAUGAGUCCCGGGUGGCGUUUGCGGGGAGCCUGGCGGGCCAGCGGAAGGCAGUGGUGCCGUUGGCCGUGGUGUCCAGCCUCACUCUGCUCGGACUAAUUGUACUCGUGGGCAUUCUCAUCUACUGGAGGAAUUGUUUCCAGACAGCCCACUUCUACCUGGAGGACAACACAUCGCCAAGGGUGGUCUCCACUCCAUCCACACCCCUAAUGAUCUCCUCAGAUGACCAUGAACCGUUAUCAGUGAAGGAGUUUGUCAAACACGUGGAGGAGCUUCACAGCACCCAUUCGUUCUCUCGUCAAUUUGAGAUACUGAAAGAGUAUUUUGAGGAAGUCCAGGCAUGCUGUGUAGAUCUAGGAACAACUACAGACGGGUCUAACCACCCAGACAACAGGAACAAAAACAGAUACAUUAACAUCCUCGCAUAUGACCACAGUCGAGUCAGAUUAUCCACUCAGGCCGAUAAGGACGGGAAGACUGGUGGGGAUUACAUCAACGCCAACUUUGUGGAUGGGUACAACAGGUCGAAAGUCUACAUCGCCGCUCAGGGGCCGCUCAAGUCUAGCGUGGAGGACUUCUGGAGGAUGGUGUGGGAGCAGAACGUUGGAGUCAUCGUCAUGAUCACCAACCUGGUGGAGAAGGGCCGGAGGAAGUGUGAUCAGUACUGGCCCAUGGAGAGUCAGGAGGAGUACGGCUGCUUCCUGGUGACUCUGAAGGACACUAAGACCCUCGCACACUACACCAUCAGAUCCUUCACGCUGAGGAACACCUCCGUCAAGAAGGGUUCCCAAAAGGGGCGCAGCAUUGAGCGGACAGUGGUGCAGUACCACUACACCCAGUGGCCAGACAUGGGGGUGCCGGACUACAGCCUGCCCCUACUCACCUUCGUCAGGAAGUCCUCCCAGGCCUGGAGGGAGGGCAUGGGGCCCGUACUGGUCCACUGCAGUGCUGGGGUGGGACGCACAGGCACUUACAUUGUGCUGGACAGCAUGCUGAAACAGAUCAAAGACCAUGGGAAGGUCAACAUCAUGGGAUUCCUCAAACACAUCAGAACCCAAAGGAACUACUUAGUGCAGACAGAGGAGCAGUAUGUGUUCAUCCACGAUGCUCUGCUGGAGGCCAUCAGGAGCAGAGACACGGAGGUGGCCAGCAGCCGUAUCCAUCACUACGUCAACGAGCUGCUCAUACCCCGGCCGUCAGGAAAAACACACCUGGAGAGCCAGUUCAAGCUGGUGAACCAGUCAUAUGCCAAGCAUUGGGAGAAUACCACUGCACAGAAACAGAUCAACAGAGAAAAGAACAGAGACACAUCUCUAGUCCCCACGGAUAGAUCCAGAGUACAUCUCUGCACAGUAGCAGGAGAGCUGUCAGACUACAUCAACGCCUCAUAUAUUAUGGGGUACCAUCAAAGCAAUGAGUUCAUCUUGACGCAGCAUCCCUUGCCCGGUACAGUAAAAGACUUCUGGAGGAUGGUAUGGGACCACAGCGCCCAGACCAUUGUUUCACUGCCAGACACGACCAGCUCUACCCAAGAAGCAGAGCCAUUCGUUUAUUGGCCACAUGCAGACCAGCCAAUCACGUAUGAGACAUUCACAGUGUCCUUCAGAGGGGAAACGCACGUGUGUUUGGCCAAUGAGGAGAUGCUCACUGUGCAGGAGUACUUCCUGGAGGCAACCAAGGAUGACUACGUCGUAGAGGUGAAGCGCUUCUGCUGUCCACGUUGGCCGAACCCAGACGGCCCGAUCAGCAGCACGUUUGAGCUCAUCCGCUUAGUGCGGGAGCACAGCCACUCCAAAGACGGCCCUGUGGUCGUGCAUGACGAAUUCGGAGGAGCGACGGCGGGAACCUUCUGUGCUCUCUCGUCUCUGGCGCGGCAGCUCGAGGCGGAGCAGGCUGUGGACGUCUACCAAGUGGCCAAGAUGACCAACCUCAUGAGGCCUGCCGUCUUCAGCGAUAUUGAGAAGUACCAGUUUCUGUACAGCGCCAUCCUGAGUCUGGUGAGCACCCAGGACGACAAGAGGAUGCUGCAGUCUGCCGACAACAACGGGACCGUCCCAGGAGGCUCGGCCUGUGCCACCGAGAGUCUGGAGUCCCUGGUGUAACCAUGGUAACCCCCUCAUCCUACCCAGUCCUUCCAAACCCCCAACCAGAGCCCACCUCCACUCCUACUCCUCCCUCUCAACAUGCGAACAACUUAAAUGACUGUGCUUUAAGCAUUCUUGGAGCCCCGUGCCUUGUGUAUUUACCUUGCUAUAUUAUGGCUAUGAUGCAUUUUUACAAAAGGACUAAUAGCUUCCGAUUUUUGUGUGUAUUGUGUUUUAUGUUAGCGUCUUACUAAUUAUAAUUAUUUUCUAAAAUUUCACACUGACAAUAAAAAAAUCUUCAUAAAAAAGGGAUUUUUACAGAGAAUUAUUUUGUUAGUCCUAUUUUGUAGUUACCUUGGAUGAGCCACGAUUUUUUUUCUUCCCCACGCAAAAAAAUGUAAAUACAAAGUGGUUAUUUUGCUUUAUGUCUGAAAGACAAGGAAGAAUGAUGUUCUAAUAUGUAAAUAGCAUAAUAGAAAACAAUAAAAUGGACCAAAAUUCUAUUUAUAUGUUAGACUUUUAUAUUUUACUACCGUCUGUACACUAUAGUGAUUUGCCAUAUUUAAGCUCUAAUACGUUAGUCUGAAAUCUGAAAUAUGUUGACAUGUUUCUGACAUACAAUAUUUUGUACUUCGCUGAAUACUUGACAUGGUGUGUAACUGGUAACUUAGCUUUACGUCAAUAACAUGGUACUGCCUUUGAAUCAUGGCAGGUAGGUAGGAUUAAACA